AUGAUGGAGGCCGGUGGCUUUCAUCUUCAUAAAUGGUCGUCAAAUAUUCCAGAGCUGCUAGAAUCGUUACCGAGAGAAGAUCGUGAAGAGUUAGUAAGUUUAAGCGAAUAUGGAGCAAAUGAAGUAAUAAAAACCUUGGGUCUUAUGUGGAAUCCAGAUUCAGAUGAAUUAAUGUUUGUAUCGAUGCCCACCACGAACGUAAAGCAGCCUACAAAGCGUCAGAUUUUGUCGCUAGUCUCCCAGAUGUUCGACCCUUUGGGACUAGUGGCUCCUGUCGUCGUUAUUGGGAAAAUGUUAAUGCAAUUGGUCUGGAAGGAGAAACUCGAUUGGGACGAGCCAAUUGUUGGUGAUUUGGUCAAGGGUUGGACAGGUUUCUUACAUGCACUGGAAGGGGUCAAUCAACUUCGGAUACCAAGAAGAGUGGUAAGCAGCAGUGCUGUGGCAUUCGAAAUGCAUGGGUUUGCGGAUGCCUCCGAUGUGGCCUACGGAGCUUGUGUAUAUAUACGGUCGAUAUGCGAAGAUGGAUCUGCAAGCAUGAAAAUUAUUAGUGGAAAAUCGAAAGUGGCUCCCAUCGCACCGCUAAGUAUACCAAGAAAGGCGUUGUUGGCAGCUCUUCUGCUGCAUCGUCUGGUAGUGAAAAUUCUUUCUGCUUUGAAAAUGUCAUUCAAUGAAGUGAUACUUUGGUCAGACAGUCAGGUAAUAUUGGCAUGGCUUACUAAGCAACCCGAGCAGUUGGAUUUAUAUGUUCGCAAUCGAGUGAGAGAAAUAACAGCAACUGGUGCUAAGUUUGAGUGGAAAUAUAUUCCAACAAAGGAUAAUCCCGCUGACAUAGUGUCACGAGGGUUAUCAGCUAGCAAGGUAGCGAAUAGUGAUUUGUGGUGGAAUGGUCCAGCGGUUUUGAGAGAUGCAAUUUAUCGAAUGGAAAUUCCCCCACCCUUGCCCAUCGAAGAAAUCCCAGAGUUAAGGCCAAUCGUUUCGGUGAAUAUAGUUGCGAGGUACGACGAACUUCCAGUGUUCACUAAAUUCGAGUCAUUUAGAAAACUGCAACGCGUCUUAGCCUAUGUGCUACGAUUUCGCAACAAAGUCAAGAAAAGGAAGGAAAAUCGCACUUUAGGAAAACUACCAACAGUGAUUGAGCUUCGUGAGGCUAUGAAGACAACAAUUCGGGUAGUGCAAAACCUGGAGUAUAAGAGCGAGAUCCAGCGUGUUUUAACAGGUGAGCCCUGCAAAUAUAUGCAAAAUUUGUGUCCUUUAUUGGACCAUGAAGGUUUACUGCGAGUUGGUGGCCGACUGCGCCAUUCCAAGCUACCAUUCGACGUAAAGCACCAGUGGAUUUUGCCAGCUAAUAAUCCGGUGGUUCGAAGUCUAAUCAAGGCAUUGCAUCAGGAGAACCUGCAUGUAGGUCCGUCAGGACUGAUGGCGAUUCUUCGACAACAGUUUUGGAUCCCUAAGUGUCGCAACACCAUACGACUGAUUACGAGAAGCUGUGUUCGUUGUUUCAAGGUAAAUCCAAAAACAUUGAAUCAAUUUAUGGGAGAUCUACCUGAAUGUCGCUUGGAAAAAGCUCCUGCAUUUUUGAAGGUUGGUGUGGAUUUCGCCGGUCCUAUUAUGAUAAGGCAGGGCGUCCGUAAAACAAUUCCAGUGAAGGGCUACAUUUGCGUCACCAAGGGAAUACAUUUGGAGGCGGUAGAAAAUCUCUCGACAGUUGCCUUUCUGGCAGCUUUGCAACGUUUCGUGUCUAGACGUGGAGUCCCUGAGGAAAUUUAUUCCGACAACGGAACAAAUUUUGUGGGAGCAAAGAAUGAGCUAAGGGAACUGUAUGAAAUGUUCAAGAAGCAAAUGACAGAGCAGAAAAUUUUUGAGUUUUGUCAGCCAAAACAGAUUCAGUGGAAGACCAUCCCACCAAAUGCUCCGCAUUUCGGCGGAUUGUCGGAAGCGGGAGUAAAGAGUGUGAAAACCGUGUUAAGGAAAAUUUGUAACCCAGUAUCACUUACCAUCGUUGAAUUCAGUACGUUGCUUUGUCAGAUCGAGGCCAUAUUGAAUUCGAUGCCGUUGUUUGCACACUCGGAUGAUCCUCAUGACCAGGAAGUCCUGACUCCGGGGCAUCUAAUGAUUGACCGUCCGCUUACAGCGAUUCCUGAGCCCACUUGCGAGGGCAUACCGCAGAAUAGAUUGUCACGAUGGCAAUACAUUCAGGUUCUUCGAGAUCAUUUCUGGAAGCGAUGGUCAAGAGAAUAUUUAGUUGAGCUUCAAGGUCCAGAAAAAUGGACGCGCAAACGUGUCAAUGUGCGCCCUGGAAUGAUAGUGCUAAUAAAGGAGGACGACUUACCUGCACAAGUAUGGAAAAUGGGAAAGGUAGAGCAGACGUAUCCAGGCGAAGAUGACUUAGUCCGUGUUGUGGACGUUCGCACACGGUCUGGAAUUCUCACACGGCCCAUUCACAAAUUGGCACCAUUGCCUAUCUUGGAAAACCAGCCAGGGUAA